UUGCACAAUUACCAAACAACCUCAAUCUACAGCCAUCAUUUCAUUUGCAGCAAAUUUCAACAUGAGAAUAUAUGUAGCUUAAAAGGUGUUUGCUUCGAACGUUCGCCGCAUCUAAUUGUAUUGGAGUUGUUGGCUGGUGGUGAUUUAAAGAGUUUCCUUCGCGAUUUUCGACUUAGUAAGGUAGCUAAUCAGAUGCUGCUGUUCAACAUGACUUCUCAAUUACAGAAUCGAGAAGAGUUGCGUAUGAUAGAUUUGCUAAAAAUGGCAACUGAUGUGGCAAAAGGUUGCAAAUACUUGGCGGAUAAUCGUUUCAUUCACCGAGAUAUUGCUGCUCGAAAUUGUUUGCUAACCAAGCGUGGCAAAGGAAGAGUUGUAAAAAUUGCAGACUUUGGAAUGUGGAUGCCACCAGAAGCAUUUUUGGAAGGAGUUUUUACGUCAAAGACAGACGUGUGGUCGUAUGGAGUUCUAUUAUGGGAACUAUUCUCACUCGGUUAUGUACCAUAUCCAGGAAGAAAUAACCAUGAGGUGUUUUUCUUUGUUGAAGGCAGUCGACUGGGUCCACCAAAAGGCGCUCCAGGCGAUAUCUACAAAAUCAUGAUUGACUGCUGGAGGACAGUUGAUAAAGAAAGACCAGAUUUUGAUGUAAUAAAACUUUUAGCGGCUGAAAAUGCUAGAAUGAGUAUAAGACGUUAUUUAGAAUUCUGGCGUAAUCUCAAAGCUCGUCACAGCUCAAAUGCUCACCGUAGAGAACGACGGCUUGAACACACAUACUUUCGUACCAAAGUGCCACUUUUGAAUAGUUCAAUGCUAUCAUUGGAAGUUGAAAGACAACGAAAAACUGAUAGAACAAAAACCUGUUUAGCCAAGAAGUCAGGGACCAUUACAUUUAGAACACUGGUUUUUUGCCUCGUUUCCGUUCGCUUUACCUACCAACGAUUACAGUUGUUGCUGAAUACAACAGUAACAAAACUACAACAAUUUUUUAUAAAACAGCCACAGAUUUAUAAGAAAUAUUUAAAUUUAGUAUUUAAUGAUCUGUAUAUAUGUAAGUACUGCUAUUUGUCCACUUUGCUCAACUUUAAUAUAAAACAUAUUUGUAUUUUUUAA